UUACUAAAUGUGUACAACUUUAAACCCAAUAUUAAAAUAUGAUACUUUAAAUUCAUUGUAUAUCAUUAUAUUAAUAUAAACUAAUUUUUAAAGUUUUCAGUUUUCUCAUGAAUGAGAAAUAUAUUCCAAAUCAUAAUCAAAGUCAGAAUCAAUAAUAUUAUUAUUUAUUAGUAAUAUAUUAUAAUACAUAAUUUUACAAAUAAAACAUAUUUGAUAGGUGCUUCAAAAAAAUCAAUGUUUUAAUACGCAUAUAACAUAAUAAAUAAUAUUAUAAACAGUUUAUUAACAUAACAUUUUUUUAUCGAUACGCAAACAAUUUACAAAAUAGAUUGUGAAAACGUUAAACAUUAGCAAAAAAAUUACAAAAUUCGUAAAAACGCAUGUGAAAACAAUAUACUUCACUAUAUUCACUAUUGAGCUGGUUACACACUGAGCGGUUUGUCCGCGCGCGGUCGCGGUUUUUAUCCGCGGCGAUUUAAAUUCGCUUUCGACACAAAGCUUACACACUGUAACAUUUUACGCGGAUAAUCGCACCAAAAUUGCGCCAAAUAUCAUUACCUCGUGGUUACUCGUUCGUGUAUGAUCUUUUAUUCUCGUGCUCACAGUUUUUUAGCUUAGUUAAAUAAUUUUAUCGAAUUAAAAAUGGUUUUUUUGAGUCGUACUCAGACCGUUUGUCUUGCUUAUAUAUUGCAUAAAUAAAAACAGGAAAAACGAAAAAAUAGGCGUUUUUGGGUUCAUCCUCUAAACUUGAAAAGGCCUCGGGAAGGCCAAUUUCAAGUUACGUUUAUGACUUUAAGAUUCCAUCCAGACGAGUUCUUAAAGUACUACCGUAUGUCAAUUUCAUCAUUUGAUGAACUGUUAUUACGAGUAAAGCAUAGAUUACAAAAAAAAAAUACAAUUCUUCGAGAUUCAAUACCACCUGAAGAAAGAUUGUCAGUGACAUUAAGAUACUUGGCUACUGGGACAAAUUUUUCGUCUUUACAUUUCGACUUUUUGAUGGGAGUAUCGACCAUAGCCAAAGUAGUUAAUGAAACGUGUAUGGUGGUUUGGGAUGAGUUACAACCCACUGAAAUGGCACCACCCACUCAAGAAAAUUGGUUAGAAAUAGCAGAUGGUUUCUACAAUAUAACUCAAUUUCCUAAUUGCGUUGGAGCUGUCGAUGGUAAACACAUCCGGUUGCAAUGUCCAAAAAACAGUGGUACUCAGUAUUACAACUAUAAGAAUUUUUUUUCUUUGGUUUUAAUGGCAAUCUGUGAUUCAAAUUAUUGUUUCACAAUAAUCGAUGUAGGCUCUUUUGGGAAAGAGAGCGAUUGCAAUAUUUUUAAACAGUGCCCUUUUGGAAAAAAAUUAUACGCUGACAAAAUAAAUUUCCCUCAAGAUAAAUGUCUACCUGGUGAUGAAGAUGGUGUUGCUCAGCCAUUUGUUCUUAUAGCAGAUGAAGCAUUUGCGUUGAACAAACAUUUAUUACGACCUUUUCCUGGUAGAACUUUGAACGAUAACAGGAGAAUAUUUAACUAUCGUCUUUCCAGAGCAAGGCAAAAGAUAGAAUGCACUUUUGGAAUUUUGUCCAACAAAUGGAGAGUUUUCCAUUCUACUCUACUAGUAACACCAGAUGUUGCUGUGUCUAUUACUAAGGCAGCAUGCGUAUUGCAUAAUUUUGUACGUCGUAGGGAUGGUUUUAAUUUUGAGGACACUGUUAGUUGUGAAAUGCCCGAUAUAUCAGAGAGAAUAGGUGUUGGAAAUGCAUCUUUAAAUGCCAAAGAUAUAAGGGAGUAUUUCGCAAAAUACUUUAACAAUCCAAAACAUGCGCUAAGCUGGCAGAAUAAGGUAUUAGGUUAAACACGUUUAUUUCAUGCAUUCAGUAGGUAGGUAAUAAAGUAAUAUUGCGUCAUAAUUUUAAAUGUUAACGGUCUAUGUUUUUA